AUGCUCUCUCAACUUGAAACCCUUCCAAACGAAAUUAUUCUCCACAUUCUUCACUACAUUGAUGACAAUGAAUGCUUCCAUUCAACAUGUUUCACUAAAAAGUAUUGGCUACUAACUAUUUGGCCAUACAGAAAGGAGAAACUGGCCAUCAAUUCUUAUUCCGACCUUGACAGAUAUUUGCAAAAUGUUAGUAAUAAUACCAAUAACAAGGUAUCAUCAGCAAAGAAUUCAACUAUCGGAUCAGUUGUAGGAGCCAUCAAUGCAUCAUCAAGAGCAACCCACAUUGAAGAAAAGAAAAUUUCUACUAAAAUUCUAUAUGAUUAUUUCGAUAGAUUUACUCACUUGAAGGAAAUUUCUCUUGUAAAUUGUGGAUUAAACGAUUCAAGUCUUGAAAAACUUUGUUCCAUCAAUAAGAGAGGAUUAAUAUCAUUGAACAUUUCUAAGAACAAGAAUUUAACGUGGGCCAAUACACAAAAGUGUAUCAUGCUUUGUGAGAAUAUCAAGAGUUUGGAUAUUUCAUACAAUUUUCAAGCUAGCACACCAAAUCAAAAUACACAAAAUACUUGGAUAGAAAGUUUGACAUUACCAAUGUCACUAGAACGAUUGAACAUUUCUGGAUUCCUAUCGGAAAUUCCUGAUUUUGAAUCACUUUUUAAACUAAUCAAGAAAUUUUCAAAGGAAAAUCAAGAAACCGAGCAUCCAAUAAUCAAAGUAUUCACAGCAAAUCACUUGACCGAAUUUUCACUCCUCAAACCAGAAUAUUUGAAAACUUUGCGAGAAUUAUCUAAAAAGACAAUGAUAGAAAUGUAUAACCAUUGCUUUAUUUUCCUCAAGUCAUUGACAUUUGUGGAGAUUUAUACAUCACUGGGAUUUUAUCCUGCCACUGAAUUGAUUAACGAAUGUAUCAUUAAGGGUCACACUCGUUCAUUGGAAUUAUUGGCCUCGAUUGACUUUCCAUUUAAUGAAAUUUCAUUGGGCGUACUGGAGGAAGCCAUCCUUGCUGGACAUUCAUCUAUUAUUUCUAAACUCAGAGUUUUGGGAUUUACUCGUUUCGACGAUAUUAGUGAUGACCUCUUGGAUAAGUUAGUUACAAAGGGAGAUGCAGCUGCCAUUACAGAACUUCGUUCAUGCAAUGUACCUAGAAGAAAGUGGGAUCUCAUCACUUUAUCAGCAGUUGAAACAGCUGUUAGAAAUGGUAAUAAGGAUGUACUCGAACACAUUAGAAUGCUCAACCUGGGAGAUUUACUGAAACAAGUUGCUAUUGAACAUGUGGAAUAUGCAUUGGAACGUGGUCACUCUGGUAUUCUCAAACAAUUAACCAGUUGCAAUUAUCAAUACCUUAAUGAUAUUAAUGCACAAAUUCUGGCAAACAUUGUAGCCAAAUCUGUUACUUUUGAAAUUGUCCUAAGAAAUGCAGGAUACAAAAAUCUGACAGAAAUCAAGUCACUCAUCAAACAACAAACCAACACCAAACCAGAGAAGAAAGCAAAGAAGGAAUCCAAGAAGGAAAAGAAGAAGACAACCACAACAGCAACAAGCUCCAAAUAAAAAAAUGGAAUCACUGAUUUGCCUUCC